AUGGAGAAGAGGUGGGCAAAGGACAUCAAGAAGGAGCAGUCGGGGAGAACAAUUUCCGGCGUGGAAUACUGGUAUUUCUCCGACUUUAACGUGCUAAUGGUGCAAGGAUGGGGCUGGAGGCAUCAGAGCCACGGAGGGCCCAAGUUGAAGUAUGUGGCCUUUGCCUCCCUCUUCUUCAUCCUGGUCUCCAUCACCACCUUCUGCCUGGAGACCCACGAGCGCUUCAACCCCAUCGUGAACAAGACAGAGAUCGAGAAUGUUCGGAACGGGACGCAAGUGCGCUACUACCGGGAAGCAGAGACGGAGGCCUUCCUCACCUACAUCGAGGGUGUCUGUGUGGUCUGGUUCACCUUCGAGUUCCUCAUGCGUGUCGUCUUCUGCCCCAACAAGGUAGAGUUCAUCAAGAACUCGCUCAACAUCAUUGACUUUGUGGCCAUCCUCCCCUUCUACUUGGAGGUGGGCCUAAGCGGCCUGUCCUCUAAGGCCGCCAAGGACGUCCUGGGCUUCCUGCGCGUUGUCCGCUUCGUGCGCAUCCUGCGCAUCUUCAAGCUGACCCGCCACUUUGUGGGCCUGCGGGUUCUGGGCCACACUCUUCGCGCCAGCACCAAUGAGUUCUUGCUGCUUAUCAUCUUCCUGGCCCUGGGCGUCCUGAUCUUCGCCACCAUGAUCUACUAUGCCGAGAGGAUAGGGGCACAGCCCAAUGAUCCCAGCGCCAGCGAGCACACACACUUUAAGAACAUCCCCAUCGGCUUCUGGUGGGCCGUGGUCACCAUGACGACGCUGGGCUACGGAGAUAUGUACCCGCAGACGUGGUCGGGCAUGCUGGUGGGAGCACUGUGCGCGCUGGCGGGCGUGCUGACCAUCGCCAUGCCUGUGCCCGUCAUCGUGAACAACUUUGGGAUGUAUUACUCCUUAGCCAUGGCUAAGCAGAAACUACCAAAGAAAAAAAAGAAGCAUAUUCCACGGCCACCGCAGCUGGGAUCUCCCAAUUAUUGCAAAUCUGUCGUAAACUCUCCACACCACAGUACUCAGAGUGACACAUGCCCGCUGGCCCAGGAAGAAAUUUUAGAAAUUAACAGAGCAGAUUCCAAACUGAAUGGGGAGGUGGCGAAGGCCGCGCUGGCGAACGAAGACUGCCCCCACAUAGACCAGGCCCUCACUCCUGAUGAGGGCCUGCCCUUUACUCGCUCGGGCACCCGCGAGAGAUACGGACCCUGCUUCCUCUUAUCAACCGGGGAGUACGCGUGCCCACCUGGUGGAGGAAUGAGAAAGGAUCUUUGCAAAGAAAGCCCUGUCAUUGCUAAGUAUAUGCCGACAGAGGCUGUGAGAGUGACUUGACCAGGCGGCUUGGCCGAGGACACUGGUGGCUAUUAAGCAUCUGGGUGGACCAGCAGCCCCUCCUCACCCUCGGACAGAGUAAAUUCACGCCAUGCAGGUUUGCCGGACGAGUCCGAGUGGCCCAGGUCUUGUACUAGGACGGACGUAGCUUUUUCUACGGCCAAAUGGUAACUGACCGUAGAGGAUUUCUUUUCCUUCUUUUCUUUCUUUCUUUCUCUCUCUCUCUUUUUUUUUUUUUU